AUGCAAUACAGUAACAGCGGGUACCAGAACAGCUUCAUACAGGAACAUGCAAUACAGGAACAGCGGGUACCAGAACAGCUUCAUACAGGAACAUGCAAUACAGUAACAGCGGGUACCAGAACAGCUUCAUACAGGAACAUGCAAUACAGGAACAGCGGGUACCAGAACAGCUUCAUACAGGAACAUGCAAACAGUGUACCCUACGUCUUUCAAAGGCUCCAGAUUGAAUGGUAUUUAAGAAGUUUACUGAGUGUUGAAGCUGUGGACUGCGAACAUGGAACCUACGGCCAGGAUUGUGACUUGAAAUGCAGCGUCAAAUGUGAGAAUCAGACCUGUCACAGCAUCACAGGCAGGUGUUUGAGUUGUCCCCCUGGAUGGCGGGGAGACUACUGUGAGCAGGAAUGCGAAAAAGGAACCUACGGCCAGGAAUGUGCCUUCAGUUGCAGCGUCAAAUGUGAGAAUCAGACCUGUGACAGCAUCACAGGCCGGUGUUUAUGUUGUCCGCCUGGAUGGCGGGGAGACUGCUGUGAGCAGGACUGCGAACAUGGAACCUACGGCCAGGAAUGUGCCUUCAACUGCAGCGUCAAAUGUGAGAAUCAGACCUGUGACAGCAUCACAGGCCGGUGUUUGAGUUGUCCCCCUGGAUGGCGGGGAGACUACUGUGAGCAGGACUGCGAACAUGGAACCUACGGCCAGGAAUGUGCCUUCAACUGCAGCGUCAAAUGUGAGAAUCAGACCUGUGACAGCAUCACAGGCCGGUGUUUGAGAUGUCCCCCUGGAUGGCGGGGAGACUACUGUGAGCAGGAGUGUAUCGACACAAUUUUCGGGCCCAACUGCAAACAACAAUGCGACCCUGAUUGUGUGCCCGAGUCUACUGAGAUCAAACGCCUCUGUGACGCCAUCUGCGGAGAUAGUGUUUUAAGAAGCAAGAUUCUAGCUGACCCAAAUGCCGAGGAAAACAAGGAUGAUACAUAUAUACUGUAUUUACUGAUUGUGCUGUCCGCAUUACUUAUUGCAAUCCUGGUCAUCUUUAUAUUCAUACGCAGUAUUUAUAUUCCACAGUCUAUACCAACUGUGUAUGAUGGUGAAAAAGUUGAGAAAAAGUACACGGCUGGUACCUAUGACCAUGCAUGCAUCCACGUCACACCGUGGCCCGAGAAAAAGCCUGUCAAUUUGCUCAGCCUCUCAUUUCUGGCGGACGACAACCCACCACGUCGUGUGACCCACUUCCAGUACACGGCAUGGCCAGAAGACGGGUCUGACCCGUGUAUGUGGAGUUUGGUUGACUUUGAACACAAGGUCUUCAUAAACACACUAGAAACUAUCACACUGGUGCAUUCUGGGACGGAUACAACGAGAAGCUCCGUGUUUAUAGCACUACACGAUUUGAUCCGUCAAGCCAAGCUGAACCAAGCCGUGGACUUUGUCGACACGGUCUCCAGACUCAGACACGACAUGCCCAACACGGUUCAAACCUUUAAUCUGUUUAGUUUUGAGACACAACUUACUGGUGGUGUAGGGGACGUUACCCAAGAUCCAAAAAGUAAAAAUAGAUUCUUCAUUAUACCAGACAAAAAGUAUCAACCUCUUUUACGAGUGGAUUCCCCCGGAGAAGAGGGCUAUAUCAAUGCUGUCACAUUACCUAGCCUGUACACCCAGACCAAACAGUUUCUGACCCAGCUGCCCAUGCCCACUACGGUCAAUGAUUUCUGGAGACUGGUCACACAGUAUAACGUCUCCUUGAUUGUUGCUUUUAAAUCCUAUGAAAAGGACAAGUCCUUAGCUAUCUACUUACCCGAAGAACAAGGCCAGCCGUUACAAUGUGGGAACAUAGCUGUCAAUGUCGAGUCAGUAACAACAGCACCAACAUGGACAGAAAUGAAGCUUACCGUUAAGGGGAAACAAACGCAAGAAGUGACUCAUCUCACGUUUACAGAGCGUCAUAUCGAACCCAAAAAUCUCCUGCCAAACGGUGCUGAACUGAGUGGACUGGCCUAUGUUGUGACAACUCUGAUGGGCAGACUGGACCAAGAGAACUAUUUGACCGUUCCUGUUGUUGUUGCUAAAGUCAAAUCCAUCAGACCGCACGCCAUUCCUACACUUCAACAGUAUAUACUUGUGUACGAGACAAUGAAACUCUACACUGAAGCAGUGAUCUCUACAGAGAGGCAUCGUGCAGAGUACAGCUCAACUGUCUGA